ACGCUCCGCACACAACAGUCGAAAGCAAACGCUACACUGUAUCGACGCAUUCGCAACCUGCGAUAGCACGCGCAAGGCUGUGGCAUUUGUAGUUCACGAGCGUUGGUCGUCCCCGCUGGUGGAUCUUGUCGUACGGUGGAGUGUGGCUCGUAGCUCUGCCUUUAGCAUGGACAUGACUGAAUUGGUAUCUUUCAAGGCAGUGCCAAAUAAGGUAGAGAAUGACAAUGUGGAUCGAAUGGUGGGCCCGCCAUCUCCACUGUUCUCCAUCCCUGCAAUUGAUCCCGAGGUGAACUACCGCAACUGGUACGCCGCCAAAAAGAGUGUGUCCGAAGGCCUGUUCGACGUGGCGCUGCUCUCGGCGAACGGGGCGCAGCUCAAGCACGUGCUGCAGUUGGGACCAGGCUUCGAUUUCUACACACCGGUCCUGAUCUUGGUUUCACUCUCCAUUGGCUUCCAGGUUAUCCAAAUGGGACUGCUCGUGGUCAUUGGCUUCUUGGACCUCUCUAAGGAGUGCCACCAGAGACGCGCUGAGGUGCUCACCAACGUGGCGACCGCCAUUGCAACCAUGGUGGCCAUGAUAAACGUCGUCGCUGCUGCUUUCAGCCUCAGACACGAUGAAGAUGGCGCACUUCAACAGUAAACGCAACCACACUCAAAAUCUCUCGGAAAACCACCGACCAUUUUUGUGAACUGAUUUUGUUGUGUGCACCGCAGCAUCGGCGCUUAUUUACUAAGGGGGCAUACAAGUGUUAACAUAAAUU